UAAUAAUAUAAAAUGAUAGCUAUCCAUAAAUUAAGAUUUAAACUUACUCCUGUGUUUUGCAAAAUAAUAAAAUUAUUUACAAUUUGGGUAGGACUCUACUUGGGGUUGGUAGCUGCCGAGAAUGAUAUACAUUUCUCAACAUCAACGAAGGAUUGUAGAACCUGUGUUGAAACGAAGGAAAAUAAGUGGUGAAGGCCGAAAUACGAGCACAAAUACGGAAAGUGAGUCAGCACUGAUAUGAAAAUUCAGACACAGUACAACCUCUGAAGCAGUCUCAAAGACACUGAUUAUCACCAAGACUACUUGUUAUGUCCUUCAGAUGCUAACUCAUGUGGUACUCAAAUUCAAUGGAGUGAUUCUCAUCAGGAUCAUUACAAGUUUGUGUCCAACACAAUUCCUGCUGAUGGAGUCUGUUGGUAUGAACUCAAAAAGACUUCAAGCAAAAACUCUCAGUUUUACAUCGAUUUCAAGGGCUCGAAUACCCAAUAUGACGCCAAAGUAUAUGUCAAGGACUCUAACGGCACUUUGGCUGAAAUCGAAAAUAGUUCGGACAACUUUGAAGUUAGAUACAAAAGUUCGAUAUUAGUUUUGAUUGCUUCAAACAGUAGUUCAGCUGUGAAGGUAGACAUCAGCAUCAAGGAGAAAGGAUAUAGGGAGUCUUAUAUACUCAAACACAAGCUUUUGAUUUAUAUCGUGUUACUAUCUGCUCUUAUUAUAACUCUGAUGCUCUUUCUCUUAUCCAUAAUUCUGUUUAAAAUUUGUAAAACCACACAAAAAAUACAAGAUGAUGAAGAAUACUCUCCAAAAUGCAUUUAUAAGCCUUCAUUUACAAUGGAUAACUCCAAAGUUGUAGCUCAAAGCUCAAUAGCUCCUCAAUCAUUUAGAGAGUUCAACAUAGAGCGCGAUAAUGCUUCCUCCUCCUAUGCUAACUUCCAAAAAGUUUACAAAAUCACUCCCUACAAACCCUGGCUGCCAGCUAAAAUCUCAAAAGUCUAGUCCUAAAGGUCAAAAUUUACUUAAAAAGUCCUAAAUUUCAACUGU